UUUUUACUUUAUCACAUGUUAUCACUGCCUAAUUAGAAGAAAAAGGUGAAAACAUGUUUUUGUAGCACUUAGCAGUGACCAUUGGUUCAAUAUUAAAUGAAGAUUGAUAAAGAUUGAAAACAUGAUAUUGUCAGUACUUAUGGUCGUUUGCAUAAAAAUAGACAAAAAAAUUUAAUCAAAAAUAAAAUGAGUUUGCAGUAGAAGCAGUAAAAAUGUUCGCUCCAAAACCAGUAUUUAUGUUGUUCAAACACAUCAGAACUAUUAAACUUACAACGCACGUGAACUACGUAACCCUUCAGCAGGCAAAGGAAGUGUUGAAAAUCGUGGAUCCAUACUCAAAAAUCAAAAUUCGUUGUAACUGCGCCCUCAAGAUAGUGCCCUAUGACUUGCUUGACUGCCCCGAUUCAAACCUUCUCAAGGCAUCGCUCAGCAGCGCCCAGGACCACCAUCUGAACGUAGAAGUGAAUGGCAACGAAGUGUCCAUCACCGACAGCAACCCUUCAGUCACUCCGGCAAGCUGUAUCUUGGAAGUUCCUAUAAAAGCGGAUCUUGAGGUACUGAACAAUGGCAGCACGGCAGUUUCUGAUUUAUACAGUGACGAAAUCCGGGUGGAGUCUGGUGGCAAUGUGGAUGCCAAAAACUUGCGCAGCACGUUGAUCGAUCUCAGGAGUUCGGAUGGAAAUAUUUCCUGUGCGGGAAUAACGUUGGCUCAAAUCGUCAAAGUGGUAACUACCGGAAAGGGUAACGUGGUGCUGGAUAAACUCCAAGGUGGUGAAGUGGAAGUCGAAACGAAUGCGGGGGACAUCACUGUCAACUCUAGUUAUUCCAACAAUUGCAGUUUCAGAACUGGCCAAGGCAAUUUGCUUUUAAAAAGCGUCCACAAGAACUGCCAGGUGGUAUCAAGUGGGCCAGGAAACUUGAUAAUGAAUGGUUUUUAUGGAACACUAAAUGCAAACGUUGCAAGUCGAGAGAUAACGCUGCAGCUAUCGGAAACCGUUGGUGAGUGUUUUGUGACAGCCCGGUCAGCUACGAUCGUGGAUCUGGCUAUCAGCGAUACGGUGCUGCAGAGUACUGAUGUGCACAUAAAAUGUGAUCAACUUGAGGUUGAUCCUGAAUUUCCGGAAGACCUAUCCGCCCAUUCGAACGAAACGGGUCAGGUAAGUUUUGGUAAGAAAGGUUCAGACAAUAAACUGACUAUAGAUGCUACAGGAAGAGUAACGAUGAAGAAAAUGUCCUGGGCAGAUUCUUUGGGAUUUUCACUCAAAUUAGACGAAUGAGAUACAUAUUUAUUGUUAAUUAAUUAGC